AUGAAGCUCGGAGGCGGCGGCCCCUCGGCGACCCCAGAGUCCAAAUCAGCAGACGUUCCCCUCGGCCUGCCGCUGCCCUGGCCCUGCCCGGCUGACGUGCGGCUCUGCGGCCACCUUAGGAAGCAGAAGUCCCAUAGCCGCCGCUUCUUCGUGCUCCGCGUCGACCCGCCGCGCCUCGAGUGCUACAAAAGCGAGCAGAAGUUCCGCGCCAGCUGCGGCAAGGCAGCGCGGCCCAAGCUCAGCGUGAGCCUGGCGGGCGCGUGCACCAUCAGCAAGCGCGCGGACGUGCGCCAGCGCCACCUGAUCGUCCUCUACACGCGCGACAGCAGCCUGGGCGUGGCAGCGGCCAGCGAGGCGGAGCAGCAGGCGUGGUACAGCGCCCUGCUUGAGGUGCGCGCCGCCACCGCCGCCGCCGGUCCCACCUCCUCCGGAGAUCCGUUUCAGGACGUCUGGCCCGUGACGCUGCGUCCCAAGGGGCUGGGGCGGACGCGAGGCCUGGGCAGCGGCGGCUACCGCUUGUGCCUGGGUUCGGGAACACUGAGCCUGCUGCGGAAGCCCGAGGACAGACACUGCAGGGACACCCAGGCAUCCCCGGCCCUGCUCUUGCCCCUGCUCAGCGUGCGCCGCUGCGGCCACGCAGACUCCUUCUUCUUCCUGGAGCUCGGCCGCUCGGCGCCCACGGGUCCCGGAGAGUUGUGGCUGCAGGCGCCCGACGCUGUGGUGGCCCAAAGCAUUCACGAGACCGUCCUGGCCUCCAUGAAGCGACUUGCGGGCGGUGGUGCUGGCGGCAGGGCUGACCCAAUGCCAAGGGAAUACCCGACGUGCGCCUCCAGACCCUCUGUCCCCCAACUUUAUGAGACCCCGGCCUCCGCGGCCCAAUCAAGCGGCCUGAGCCGUCGGCGGUGUCUGGGUGAGAGGAGCGAGCAAGCCACCUUCAAGACCCUGGCCAGGCUGGGGGCGGCAGCCUCGUACCCCCAGGGAUUGGAGCGGGGCGGGGGCUACAUAACCAUGGGAGCUCGGAGUGAUUAUGAGCCCAUGGGGGGCGGCGAAGCCAGCGGCUACAUGGUGAUGGCGCCCCCGGGUAAUCGCCCGGGCCCUCUGCCCGCCGCCAACCCUGCUCCUCGCUCGCUGCUCCAGGACUGGGGGGGCACGGAAUACGAGCCCAUGAGCCGCUUUCCACCAGGGUCCUUUUCCUCGAGCUCCUUGCCUCGUUCCUACAAGCCUGGGGCCGUGGAGCCUGGACUCGGGCUCCAGAGCACCCAUCGCGGCGUCUGGGGCAGCCUGGGAUUGGAGGAGGCUCAGCCCCGCUCGCAGCCGCUGUCCGAGCUCGCCGGGGAGUACGUGCGCAUCGGUUACGCGGCCCCCGACUACGUGGCAAUGGGCACUGCUAGGCCGAAGCCCCCUGACCGCCGCCUCAACUACGUGGACCUCGACCUGGUCCCGUCUCAGGAGGAGCGCGGCGAAGCCCCGGCGGCCGGCACGUAUCGCCCGCACAGCUAUGCGCGCAUUGCGUUCCAGAAGCUCUGGGAGGUGUCGGUGAGGAGGCCCCGCGGCGGCAGGGUCUCAUUUCCCGGGGAAGAGAGGGAAAAUGGGCAAAGUUACGGAUGA